GUCACCGUCAAUCUAAUCUAAUUAAAAUAUCGAAAAUAAUAACAAAAGUAUUUUCUAAAGUUCUUUUAUUACGAUCGGUAUUUAUUAGUCCAGUAAUAAUGUAUCUUAUGUUUGAUUUGUCUAGCAGUUCAUAAAGCUUUGAAAAUGAUUCAAGAAAAUGUUCGUCAGGAUCUACUUGCUUUCGUACCAGCUUCAAUUAUAGGAGAAAUUAAAUGUUUUGUUUUUUAUGAUAACCACCCAAGAGAUGAUAGACAAAUUGAUGUUUUAGUUUGUACACAGCGAAAAGAACUGAUAGAAUUUUACAAGAAGGAACAAAUUUCAUCGCUACUGUUAAAUACGUCACAGAAUUUUCGUGAAGUUCGCAGUUAUAGGAAUGGGAACUGCGAACUUUUUUAUUUAGUUGCUACAGGCGACGAAUUGUUUAUACUAUCGAGCAAAAGUAAAUUAGAUAUUAUUCGCAGAUUAGCAGAUAUUGCUAGUUUUGAAGUGUUUGAUAAUGGCGGCACUGGGAGAGGUUGUUUAAAAGUGAUUUGUAAAGAUGAUGCUGUGCCAUUACUUUUUGAUGAUAACUUCAAACUUAUUAAUGAAACGAGUAAUGAAUUGAAAACAUUACAUUCAGAUGAUUCAGCCCCAGUUAUAAUGCAGCUAACAAGAAAAUUAAAAGAAGUAGAAUACAACAUUAAAUGUAAUGAAAAUAAAUACAAUGAAUAUUUAUAUCUAAGAAGAAUGGCCACAUUCCAUUUACAUCAGAAGUUUGCUCCAAAUCUAAACGAAUCUGUCUUUAAUUUGAAUACAAAAGAAGUAGCUUCAUCACUUAACUUAAAAACAUGGCCACCAUGGAUUAAAUUGUGCAAUAAAAAAAUUGUAGUCUCUUUCAACUUGUUAAAUAACAAUGAUGUAUUACUUGAGGAUGUCUAUGUUCUGUUGAACAGUAGUACAAAAAAAUCAUUAGUAUAUUUGACCAAACUUUUUCACCAAAUACAAAAUGAAUGGAUAGAAAUUAAUAAUCAGCAUAUAAAAGCUAACUCAUUAGUAACAGUUGUAACAUGUAUUGAUUUGAAAGAAUUACAUAAUGAUGCAACGGGUGGACUAGAGUUUAGUAUGGUGUUAGUUUUUAAAAAGUCUGGUGAAAAUUAUCUACUUCCGUUCGAAAAAGUUUCUAUUUCAGCAUCAGAUGUAAUGGGAGAAAAUUUUGAUGUUCUUGCAAAUAAUAUGGAUGAACACCAAACCUUUUUAUCAAUACUGGCAACAUCAGAAAAGAUGACAUUAUUGCUCAGACAUAUAAAAGAUCAAGGAGGUGCAAUAACACCCGCUGAUAUUUUCAGCAAACAUUUGAAAAUGGAACAAUUUAAAAGUAUAAAAAAUGUUUUCAUACAUAAAUCAUCACCUUAUCAUACACUACAUGGAGUAAUGGUGAUGUGUGAAAAUGGUGAAGACUGUGGUGAUCAGUUCACCAUAGAAAUACAUUCAAGAUGUCCGUCGCAAAUAGUGUCCUUAAUUCAUUACAUCUAUGAACUACCAUUUCGAAUUAUAAUUACAACGCCAAAUUACAAAAUUACAUCCAACACAAAGGAAUUAGCUCAUUAUAAUGAGGAAAUAUCACUCAACAAUGAACAAGGCAUAAAUUAUUCACAAUUAGGUCCAACUGCUUUGAAUCAAACUUCAAUGUUACUAGAAUAUCUCGAUAUGUGCAUGAUUAAAAUGAAUACAAGUGAAAAUCAAGAUAUAUUAAAUAAAGUUGGCAGUGAAAUUGAUUUAUUUGCUUGUGGUUUGGAAGAAUUCAAAGAAUUCAGAAAGAAGUUGGUAAAUGAAAUGUACAAUGGUAUAAAUGAAUGUAGAAAAUCUGAUAUUUCACAGAUAAGUCAAGAUUCAGAAGAAAUGAUUAUAGAAAUAGAUGAUUAAGGGCCUGUCCCACCACUGGCUGAUAGAGGCUCAGGUAGAGUUAGAGAUUGUUAUCAGACAGUUUACAAUUUG